AUGGCGAACAGCAGCAACGCCAGCGCGCGCGUGGACGGGAGCGCAGAGAGCCUCGCCUUCCAGCUCAGCCUGGCCGCCGUCCUGUCCCUCAUCACGCUCGCCACCACGCUGUCCAACGCCUUCGUGAUCGCCACCAUCUCCCAGUCCCGGAAGCUGCAGACCCCGGCCAACUUCCUGGUCGCGUCGCUGGCCGUGACCGACCUGCUCGUGUCCAUCCUGGUCAUGCCCGUGUGCGUGCUGUACACGGUGCUGCACAGCUGGACGCUGGGCCAGGUGGUGUGCGACGUGUGGCUGUCCUCGGACAUCACGUGCUGCACGGCGUCCAUCCUGCACCUGUGCGUCAUCGCGCUGGACCGCUACUGGGCCAUCACGGACGCGGUGGAGUACUCCAAGAAGCGCACGCCGGGGCGCGCGGCGGGCAUGGUGGCCACGGCCUGGGUCAUCGCCGUGUCCAUCUCCCUGCCGCCGCUCUUCUGGAGGCAGGCCAAGGCGGAGGAGCUGACCAGCUGCAGCGUCAACACGGACCACAUCUUCUACACCAUCUACUCCACCUUCGGCGCGUUCUACAUCCCCACCCUGCUGCUGCUCGCGCUGUACGGCCGGAUCUACGUGGAGGCGCGGAAGCGGAUCCUCAAGCAGUCUCCCCAGAAGAAGGCGGGGAAGCGGCUGACCUCGGCGCACCUGGUCGGCGGCUCCCCCGGCUCCGCGGCGUCCGGCAGGCUCGACCCGCCGUCCAGCGACACCGCCUCCUCCAGCAGCGACCAGGUGAAGGUGACGGUGUCGGACGCGCUGCUGGAGAAGAAGCGCAUCUCCGCGGCCAGGGAGAGGAAAGCCACCAAGACGCUGGGCAUCAUCCUGGGCGCGUACAUCGUGUGCUGGCUGCCCUUCUUCAUCUACACGCUGGUGGUGGCCACGUGCGAGACCUGCUUCCACGCGGAGCUGUUCGACUUCUUCACGUGGCUGGGCUACCUGAACUCCCUCAUCAACCCCAUCAUCUACACCAUGUCCAACGAGGACUUCAAGAAGGCUUUCCACAAGCUGCUGCGCUUCCGGUGCCGCGCGUCCUGA